GCAAUUCGGGCUGGAAGACGUAAUGACUUUUUUCCGCCCUGUGGGCACUAAGAGGGCCUCUUAUAGCGGGCCCAUUACGGGUACGGCCAUGCCCGCGAUGGGGCGACCGGGCGGUGAGGGACGGGGCCCGACGUAUCCGAACGGACCACCCCCCGAAAAAUACGUAACGAAGUUAUGGGCGACCGGUUGGAAUCUCGAAGGCCCAGCGUGACCGGCAGAACCCGCGAGAGGAGCCGAUGGGCUGGAAAUUCCAAAAAAAAAAAGAAAAAAUAUCAAUGAUUUUAUCGGCUAUUAAUAUAUCUUUGUAAUAUCGUUUAAAAAUCCGAUUAUUGAAAUUCAAUGUUCUUAUUUUUAUUCUCCUCCUCCGGGUUUCCUCCAUCUUGAUAUGGAGUACCAGUCACGUGGCUCGCUAUGGAGAACGGAUACGGAUGAAGUAUUACUCAUUUCACUUUUUAGCAUCCGUAUGCUUUAUAGAUGUUGUUCGUCGUUAAGUUGACAUUUUUACUAUUUUAUAUAAAAACAAUUUCAGAGAAUGGCACAUAUAAAUUCUAUCAACAAUGAUAGUAAAGAAGGAGAUGUUAAUGAAAUCGAGGAAAAUAAAAGUAUUCAUUCAACACCUGACGAGCAUAGUAAUUUAAAAGGCGAUGAUAAUGACACUUAUUUUCAAGAAAGAAUAUUGAUUCCAGAUGAUGGAAAUUAUGCUUUUAGUUUUAGAAAGCUCUGGGCUUUUACUGGUCCAGGUUUUCUUAUGAGUAUAGCUUACCUUGAUCCUGGUAAUAUUGAAUCAGAUCUACAAUCUGGAACCUUAGCAGGAUAUAGAUUGUUAUGGCUGCUAAUGUGGGCUACAAUUUUAGGUUUACUUUUACAAAGGUUAGCAGCCAGAAUUGGCGUAGUUACAGGUCUUCAUUUAGCAGAAGUAUGUCAACGACGUUUUCAUCCAGUACCUCGCUAUUUGCUAUGGAUUAUGAUAGAAAUAGCAAUCAUUGGAUCUGACAUGCAAGAAGUAAUUGGUACAGCUAUAGCUUUUUUUCUACUCAGCAGUGGAAGAAUUCCUCUCUAUGCUGGUGUUUUAAUCACAAUUGCCGAUACAUUUACUUUUCUUUUACUUGAUAAGUAUGGAUUACGAAAAUUAGAAGCAUUUUUUGCAUUUCUUAUUACAGUUAUGGCUAUUACAUUUGGAUUUGAGUAUGUUAAUGUAGCUCCCGAUCAAGGACGAGUUGUAAAGGGACUCUUUGUACCCUGGUGUAGUGAGUGUUCGGGGGAUGCACUUCUACAGGCUGUUGGUAUUAUUGGUGCUGUAAUUAUGCCACACAACUUAUACUUACAUUCUGCUCUUGUUAAGUCUAGGGAAGUAAAUCGUAGAAAUAAGGAAGCUGUUAAAGAAGCAAAUUUAUAUUUUUUUAUUGAAUCUGCAAUUGCAUUGUUUGUCUCUCUCAUUAUAAAUAUUUUUGUUGUCGGAGUAUUUGCACAUGGCCUUAGUAACAAAACAGAAGGAGAUGUUUGGCAAAUAUGCAACAGCAGUCAUAUUAAUCAAAAUUCUUUCCCUAAUACUAACAAAACCGUGGAUGCUAAUAUCUAUAAAGCUGGUGUAUUUCUGGAAUGUCAAUUUGGACAAAUUCCAAUGUAUAUAUGGGCUAUAGGUAUUCUUGCUGCAGGACAAAGUUCAACUAUGACAGGAACAUAUGCUGGACAGUUUGUAAUGGAAGGCUUCUUAAACUUACAUUGGGCAAGAUGGAAAAGAGUCCUGUUGACAAGAACAAUAGCCAUUUUACCAACUCUUUUUGUUGCAACCUAUAGUGAAAUAAAUCAAUUGUCAAACAUGAACGACUGGUUGAAUGCCCUCAUGAGUCUCCAGUUACCAUUUGCACUUCUUCCGACAAUCACUUUUACGUCAUCUGCAUAUAUCAUGAAUGAUUUUGCUAAUGGAAGAAUAAAUAAACUUGUAGCAAGUUUAAUAUCUGCAAUUAUCAUUGGAGUCAACUUUUAUGCAGCUAGUGAAUUUAUUGCAAAGUUACCAAACUUUUGGGCCAUAUAUCUUGGAAUAUCAAUAUUUAUAAUAUUUUAUGUGUUGUUUGUGUUAUAUUUGACAUUAUGUUUCUUUGUAUCUUUGGGAUGUCAAAGACUUACGCAGAUUCCGUACAUAGGACGAUUUUUUGAAGAAAAAUAUAGUUUAGAAUCAUUUACUAGUAACAGAUCUAUAUCUAUAUACGGAGAAGGAAGUGUGCAGUUGAGCAGUCGUGAAGACUCAAAUAAAGAUUGAACUUCCCUAAUACUGUUUAUGGUAGAUGGAUUAAAGCAUUUAGCAUCAAAGGGAACAAUAAUUGUUUAUAUAAAAGUGCACUUAAUGAAUAGUCUUUCACUUUUAAAUAUUUAUAAAAUAAUGGAGAAAUAUACAUGAGAACAAAUGUAAAGAAAUAGUAAUAAUAUUUUCUAUAGUAAGCACCUGAAUUAUGUAAUAAUUGUAAAAACCAAUUUAUUUAUUUAUUUAUAUACUUUAAUAUUAAAUUUUGUUAUGGUCACACAAUCUUGGCAGUUUUAAACUGGAAUUUGUCAUUUGAGAUCUUGCAUUCUCAAUGAUAAAUUAUUUUUGUUGCCGUCUCGUUUAUAGACCUGUUUGGAUAAGAACGGGUCGUUCCGACAGACCGUGACGGACAAAAUAAAGACCCUCUCGAUGCUUGGAUAUAGCAUUAGUAGUUUAAUAACUUUGUCAAUAAAUUUGGAAGAGUUAAUUCAUUUUAUUGAUGAAGUUGUUCAUUUAAAGUAGAUUCUAUUGUGAUAUAAGAUUUGUUAUAUUUUUUUAAUUUAAAAUUUGUUCUAAUAAAUUAGUUAAAUUGCUUCAAAAAUAUUUAAUUUAUUGAAAGAUUCUUCAAAAUUACAACUUUUCGAGAGACAUUACUUCAAAAGUAAGAUAGGUGGACAGACAAGACA